UCAUAUUGUCUUUCCCGUUUUUUCCUUCAGGAUAUCAAUGGCAAGAUGUUUCUUCCCAAAUAUGCUCUAUCACAAGAUGUUUGUACAUACAGAGACUUUAUGUACAAAACUGUAGAAAUACCAGGAUGUCCACAGCAUGUUGCUCCUUAUUUCUCCUAUCCUGUAGCUCUAAGCUGCAAGUGUGGCAAGUGCAAUACCGACUACAGUGACUGUGUACAUGAGACUGUCAAGACAAACUAUUGUACCAAACCUCAGAAGCCCCAGAUGGCAGAAUUCUCCAUCUAACUGCAAUAGUGCUAUAAUUUGC